CUGAGUCCGAGUGUUAUACAGGAACAAAACAAGAAAAGUUCUACGCUGUAAGGGGCUGCAAAAAUGAAACUGAUCAUUCUUGAUGACUAUGAAAAGGCAAGUGAGUGGGCCGCAAAAUACAUACGGAAUCGCAUCAUCCAGUUUAAUCCCGGUCCUACCAAAUACUUUACCUUGGGCCUCCCAACAGGAAGCACUCCUUUGGGAUGCUACAAAAAACUAAUUGAGUAUCAUAAAAAUGGAGACCUGUCCUUUAAGUAUGUAAAAACAUUUAAUAUGGAUGAAUAUGUGGGUAUUCCUAGGGAUCACCCUGAGAGUUACCAUUCCUUUAUGUGGAACAAUUUCUUUAAGCACACUGAUAUUGUAGCAGCAAAUGCACACAUACUGGAUGGCAACGCUGCAGAUCUGCAGGCUGAGUGUGAGUUUUUUGAAAAGAAAAUUGCUGAAGCUGGAGGAAUUGAAUUGUUUGUUGGAGGCAUCGGUCCAGAUGGUCACAUAGCCUUCAAUGAGCCAGGGUCAAGCUUGGUAUCCAGAACUAGAGUAAAGACAUUAGCCAUGGACACUAUAUUGGCCAAUGCACGAUUCUUUGAUGGGGUCCUCUCCAAAGUGCCGACCAUGGCCUUAACAGUUGGAGUUGGAACAGUCAUGGAUGCAAAAGAGGUUAUGAUUCUCAUAACUGGUGCCCAUAAAGCUUUUGCCCUAUACAAAGCCAUAGAGGAAGGUGUAAACCACAUGUGGACAGUGUCAGCCUUCCAGCAGCACCCAAGUACAGUGUUUGUCUGUGACGAGGAUGCAACUCUGGAACUUCGUGUAAAGACUGUAAAAUAUUUUAAAGGUUUGAUGCAUGUCCAUAACAAGCUGGUUGAUCCCUUGCACAGCAUAAAGGAAAAAUCAUAUAGUGACUAAACUACAUGAACGAUAAUUGGGAUUCUCCAGUUCUCCUGUACUGUAAAGAAUGAGAUCAUUUAUGUGGUUUCUCUCUAAUCAAUUUAGUGCCAAGAACACUAAUAUUUUGCCAGUUCUUAUUAGUGACCAAGUUGACAAGUGUAUUUUCAACAACACAUGCAAUAUCAAUGUUGGAAUUGCAUUGUAUACCAAUAAUUGUUCUGGAAAUA